UAACCAGCUUACAAGGGAUUUUAGGUUCUGCUCUACAGAGCUGAAUGAAUGUGAGCAAAAGCUGAUUUACUGUGGGUGAAAAGGAAAACAAAUUUCAGUAUUCUAUCAAGACAAACUACUGAUAGCAACUUAGUUAGUAUGCCACUUUUGGCAUUUUCUCAGGACUUCUGCCUGUGGUUUUGAGAUACGUGUUUUUCAUUGCAUACUUCCUGGAUUUUUUCCAAAGCUGUGCACUGUUCUCCAAAACAGGUGAUCACCCUCGGAUUUUCCAUGCUAUUUUAUUCCUGGGACGACUUCAACAAAGAUUUUUUCAAAAUGAUAACAAAUAUUAUCAUCUUGAGUGUGCUAAUUUGCAUUUCUUUAUCUUUUUGGAUUGUGUCCAUGACUGCAAGCACAUAUUAUGGGACUUUGCGACCCAUUUCUCCGUGGCGUUGGCUUUUUUCAAUCUUAAUUCCACUAAUAAUUGCUUCACGAGGAUUUAAGAAAAAGAGCCUUGAUCAUGGUGGAGCAAUAGGAGGUUUAAUAGUUGGAUUUAUCCUCACUGUUGCAAAUUACAGCUUUCUCACUGCCAUGCUCAUGUUUUUCAUUACUUCCUCCAAAUUAACCAAGUGGAAAGGCGAAGUAAAGAAGCGAAUAGAUUCCGAAUACAAAGAAGGUGGGCAAAGAAAUUGGGUGCAAGUUUUCUGCAAUGGUGGUGUACCUGCAGAAUUGGCUCUGUUAUACAUGAUUGAAAAUGGACCGGGUGAAAUUCCAAUAGACUUCUCCAAACAGUAUACAGCAUCCUGGAUGUGCCUGUCACUACUGGGUGCUUUGGCCUGCUGUGCUGGGGACACAUGGGCUUCAGAGAUUGGCACUGUGAUGAGUCAUGAACCUCGGUUGAUAACAACCUGGAGAAAGGUUCCAGUAGGUACCAAUGGUGGUGUUACUUUAGUGGGCCUAAUCUCAAGUCUGCUUGGUGGCACAUUAGUAGGUGUAGCUUACUUCAUUUCCCAGUUGAUCUUUGUGAAUGAUCUGGAUAUAUCUGCUCCACAAUGGCCCAUUGUUGUGUUUGGUGGAUUUGCUGGUUUACUAGGAUCUAUAGUUGAUUCUUAUUUAGGAGCAACCAUGCAGUACAGUGGUUUCGAUACACGUACUGGAACGGUUGUCAGCCAUCAGGCAGAAGAUGUAAAGCACAUAUCUGGAAAACCGAUCCUAGAUAACAAUGCAGUGAAUCUCUUCUCCUCUGUAGUCAUUGCUUUGUUGUUGCCCGGAGCAGCGUGGGGAUUUUGGCCAAGAGGGUGACGUCAAGGUGACUUCCCUACGUUUUAUUUCAAACAAGCUGUGACCUAAAGGAUUCUCUACAAGGGACUUUUAUAACUCUGGGCUGGAAUGAGUUUUUCUGCAACUGUUAUAGAAGCAUGAGAACAGGCUAUUAAAACUACACUUCCUACAGCAGCUGCAGUUCAUGCAGGCAAAGUGGACUGAAAGAAACAAUAUUGAUUUGACAUCACUUCUUCUGUAAUAGAAUGCAAUUCUCACUUGAAUUAUUUGAAUCAGUACUUUUACAAGUUUGGAUACUUGAUUUCCAUUCAUUCCCCAUGAUCUAGCAAUUAGGGGAGUAGGAAAUAGGAAGCUAAAAUAUUAACCUGUGACAGACCACUACUGCAUUCAUGAAAUGAAGCAAUGGAUCUUAAUACUUCACAUCUACAUUAUUCCUCUUUAGUAGGAUUCUGAAGUUUUGUGUUACAUUUCUUUUGUGAGAUGCACAACCAGUGCUGUUGAAUGGUGUUGGGGAAGUGAGAACACUGAGUUUGGUCUCAGGUGAAUAACUAUAAAAUCAAACUUUUUUUUUUUACAGUAAAACAGAAUAAAAUUUUGGCUUUUGAAAGCAUGUGUGCUACUUUUGUUAGCACUGCCAUGAGAUCUAAUAAUACUUAACUAUUGACGUCUAAAGUUUAAAUAUUGAAUUUAUUGAAUUUAAAAUCUAAUGUUUAGAACAUAAGGAUACUUGUUUUCACCAAUGUCUGUAAUUAAUAGCUGUGGUUUUAUUCUGGCAUAUUGAACAAAUAGUAUUCUUGCAUUCCAAGUACUUCUGUGUUUUUGUGAUGGGUGUUGUUGUUCAUUUGUUUUUAAACCUGAGGAUGGCAAUAGCCUGCAGUUUCACUUUAGUCAUCAGGAAUACAUUUCUUGCAUGACCAUGUAACAGGCGCAAUCUAGAGCUGGAUUGCUGAGCUUGCAGACAGUUCAUCUUUACAUAGAAGCAGGGAUGAAUAGAGGUAAAGUUGUAAUCAAUAUGAAAUUUAUCUUGUGCUGGUGAAAAAACUUUGAAGUAGUAUGAUUAUAUUGUGAGUUUGAUUACAGACACUGGAAAAUAUGCUUCAAUGUACUUUGAUUCAUCUAGUUUGUUUGCAAAUAGAUCUAUUUUCUGUAAUCUUACAUUUGUAAAUUUACUGGUUUUACAUAAACCACAGAUGCUAACACUUUUAAUUUGGCAUUAAGAAAAAGUGUAGGAGGCUAAGUGAUACUACCAAGACAAUAUGCCAACUAUCCAUGCAAAUGUUGUCUACAUUUCAAACGGUAGUUAAAUCUAACUACAGGUUUCAACUGAUAGUAGUACUGAAGUGAAAAGGCAAAUUGCAAAACAUGAAAUGCCUUGAAAUACACUCUUUCAUAUAACAGGCACUUGAUUUCUGUGCAGCAUUCAAUGUACAGAGCUUUCUAUAGCAUAGAUAGUGUUACACAGGCACAAAAUGUGCACAUGCUAAAGCAACAUGUUGGUGAUACUAUUAUUUCAUAAUAGCCAGCCUGGAUUGUUGGUUCGUUAUGGGAAGAUGGCAAGAGGAAAUGAAAGAUGCUAACUUAAGGCAAUACAAGAAGGAAUUUUGUUGGAACUGGAAAAGAGCUGGCAGAAGUUGUUUCCUCUGAUGACCUUCGCAUUCUAGCCAUCGCUAGAGCAGAGAAGACAUGAAAGUGAGAGCAAGUUAUGAAGGGGAGGGAAGAGGAUCAGUAAAUUGAAAAAUUUAAUGUCUGAAUGGGGUAUUUUCUUUGCCUCAGAGUUCUUACUUUGAGAUAAAUGGGGCAGUAGCCAGCUGUAGUGCAUUCUUAUCCAGAUGGGGCCUGGUAUAAUUGUAUAAACUUGUUCAAUUAAAUUUGACUUGAAAAUGA